AUGCAGCAACCCCAGCCCUCCAUCCGCACUGCUCCCCUCGAGAGGGUCGCAGCCAGAGCAGGAUCCUGCCCCCUACUGCUGUUCCUGCUGCUGGGGCUGUGGGUGGCUGAGGUCCCUGUCAGGGCCAAGCCCAGCACCGUGACUUCGGCUCAGUGGUUUGAAAUUCAGCACGUGCAGCCCAGGCCCCAGCGGUGCAACACAGCGAUGGGCAAGGUCAACAAGUACAGAACGAAACACUGCAAACCCUUCAACACCUUCCUGCAUCAGUCCUUCUCCAGUGUGGCCGCCACCUGUCAGACCCGCAGCAUAGCCUGCAAGAAGGGCCAAAGAAACUGCCACCAGAGCAAAGAGCCUGUCUCCCUGAGCACAUGUGAGCUCACCUCAAGGAAGUACCCAGGCUGCAAGUACAAAGUACCCACUUCUUACAAUGUGGCCUGUGACCCUCCUGAGAAAGGGGAUUCUAGGAAAUCCAAGCUGGUUCCUGUGCACUUGGACAAAAUCCUGUAG